UUCAUUGAAGAGUAUAUUUUCAGAGUGGUGUUAAGAAAACACUCUGGCUGAGAUUGCUAACAGCAGUUCUGCACUGUUGAUGUAAGUAGAGAGGGAGAGAGAGAGAAGUGCUCCUCCUCCAAGUUUGUUUUUAGGAGGGGGUGGAGGCCCUGUGUGAGGUCACUUUGAAACUCUUCUGCUGCAGAUGAGUAACAUCUAUUUUAGAAUUUGGGUAAUCUCCCUUUGAGAGUGCUGAACAUCAGCUGGAAGUUGAAAAAGAAAAGAAAGAGAGAGAGAGAAAGAAGUAAAGAAAGAUUUUAUCCAUCUUCUGUUCCUGGAGCUGGCUGGAAAAAAAAGUUUCUGCCUGAAGAAACUAUGGGAUGAUGCAGAAGCAGGAAAAGCCAUAACAAAGAAAAGAAAAUUGACAAUUUCCUGCUCUUUUACAGUGGUUUUGCAAAAUCUGGGCCCAUGCCAGAUUUCUUCUUCCACAUAAAGUGGGAAAAUUUUCUUUGUAACAGGAGCAUUGCAAACUCUCCCAGGUGAAAAGCAGCGUGCAGGGUAAAAAGGAACAGGACCCACAUGUCAGUGGUCUAGGAUGGCCAGUGAAGGCUCCAACAUCCCAAGUCCUGUGGUGCGUCAGAUUGACAAACAGUUUCUGAUCUGCAGCAUAUGCCUGGACCGUUACAAGAACCCCAAAGUGCUCCCCUGUCUGCACACAUUCUGUGAGAGGUGCCUACAGAAUUACAUUCCAGCUCACAGCUUAACCCUUUCUUGCCCAGUGUGCCGGCAGACAUCCAUUCUACCAGAGAAAGGGGUUUCUGCACUUCAGAACAACUUCUUCAUUACCAACCUGAUGGAUGUCCUGCAGCGUACUCCAGACAAUAGCAUUGAGGAGUCUUCCAUCUUGGAGACUGUCACAGCUGUUGCUGCUGGCAAACCACUUUCCUGCCCCAAUCAUGAAGGAAAUCUGAUGGAAUUUUACUGUCAAUCUUGUGAGACAGCCAUGUGCCGGGAAUGUACAGAAGGAGAGCAUGCGGAACACCCCACAGUACCUCUCAAGGAUGUUGUUGAACAACACAAGGCUUCUCUUCAAGUACAGUUAGAUGCUGUCAACAAAAGGCUUCCAGAGAUAGAUACGGCACUUCAUUUCAUAUCUGAAAUUAUACAUCAGCUCACCAACCAAAAGACCAGCAUCGUCGAUGAAAUUCAUUCCACUUUUGAUGAACUCCAGAAGACUUUAAAUGUCCGCAAAAGUGUGCUGCUUAUGGAAUUGGAAGUCAAUUAUGGCCUUAAACAUAAAGUUUUGCAGAAUCAACUUGAUACCCUCCUGGAAGGACAGGAAAACAUUAAGAGUUGCAGUAACUUUACAGCCCAAGCUCUCAACCAUGGAACUGAAACAGAAGUCUUACUUGUCAAGAAGCAAAUGAGUGACAAGCUGAAUGAUCUGGCUGACAGAGAUUUCCCACUACAGCCUCGUGAAAAUGAUCAGCUGGACUUCAUAGUGGAAACAGAUGGUCUGAAGAAGUCCAUUCAUAACCUUGGCACUAUUUUAACCACUAAUGCAGUUGCUUCUGAAACAGUGGCCACAGGCGAAGGGUUGAAGCAGACAGUGAUAGGACAGCCUAUGUCAGUCACUAUUACUACCAAGGACAAGGAUGGUGAGCUUUGUAAAACUGGGAACGCGUACCUCACUGCUGAGCUGAGCACCCCUGAUGGGAGUGUGGCAGAUGGAGAAAUACUUGACAAUAAAAAUGGCACUUAUGAAUUUUUGUACACUGUCCAGAAAGAAGGGGACUUUACUCUUUCACUGAGGCUCUAUGAUCAGCAUAUUAGGGGCAGCCCAUUCAAACUCAAGGUAAUCAGAUCAGCAGAUGUGUCCCCUACCACUGAAGGAGUUAAAAGGCGUGUUAAGUCUCCUGGCAGUGGCCAUGUAAAGCAGAAGGCUGUAAAAAGACCAGCUAGUAUGUACAGCACUGGCAAAAGGAAAGAAAACCCCAUUGAAGAUGAUUUGAUCUUCAGAGUAGGCACCAAAGGGAGAAACAAAGGAGAGUUUACAAAUCUUCAGGGAGUAGCUGCUUCUACAAAUGGAAAAAUAUUAAUAGCAGACAGCAAUAAUCAGUGUGUACAGAUAUUUUCCACUGAUGGCCAGUUCAAGAGUCGUUUCGGUAUUCGGGGAAGGUCUCCUGGUCAGUUGCAGCGGCCUACAGGAGUGGCUGUGCAUCCUUGUGGUGACAUCAUUAUUGCUGACUAUGACAAUAAAUGGGUUAGCAUAUUCUCCUCUGAUGGAAAAUUUAAGACAAAAAUUGGAUCUGGAAAACUUAUGGGACCAAAAGGUGUUUCGGUGGAUCGCAAUGGACACAUCAUUGUUGUGGACAACAAAGCAUGUUGUGUGUUUAUCUUCCAGCCUAAUGGGAAAAUAGUAACCAGAUUUGGAAGCCGAGGCAAUGGAGACAAACAGUUUGCAGGCCCCCAUUUUGCAGCUGUCAACCACAAUAAUGAAAUCAUUAUUACUGACUUCCACAAUCAUUCUGUCAAGGUGUUUAACCAGGAAGGUGAAUUCAUGUUGAAGUUUGGAUCUAAUGGAGAAGGAAACGGGCAGUUCAAUGCUCCAACAGGAGUAGCUGUAGAUUCUAAUGGAAAUAUUAUUGUAGCAGACUGGGGAAACAGUCGAAUACAGGUUUUUGAUGGAAGUGGAUCCUUUUUAUCCUAUAUAAAUACAUCUGCUGAUCCACUUUAUGGUCCUCAAGGUUUGGCCCUUACGUCAGAUGGUCAUGUUGUAGUUGCAGACUCUGGCAAUCACUGUUUCAAAGUCUAUCGAUACUUACAGUAAAAACUGCAGCAGGAUCAUGCUCAAGAUGUUUCUAGCCUCAGACAGCCAAUAUAGAUCCUUUUGUGUAGGAUGUCCACUUCUUAAAUACUUCAGUUUUAAUGCCGAAGGAGGAUCCAUUUUCCCCCCAGCCUACCUUGUUUACAUAGGAUUUGCACCUCAUAUGUUCUGCACUGAACCUGUCCUAGGGGAUUAAUAAAUAAGACCCUGUUUUCUCUCCCUUCUCUUCCCCAAAUUCACAAAGACAGUGGAAUACUAAGACAUGGGAACUGUGGCUUGUAGAUCAGGCAUUUCUGUUAUUGACUAAUUUUUGUGAAGGAGGGGUAGAAUCUAAAAAGUUACUUGUUAUUAUAGGGUUUAUUCAUUAUGUGAAUGGAAAUGCUUGUUUAAAGCAUCCAUAUUUGAGAGUCGCUCAUGUUAAGGACUAUUUAACCCAGCAGGAAGUCUGGGAAUCUUCUAGAUCACAUUGUUAUAGUAAGUACUACACUUGUAAGAUUCUUCAGUCUUAGUAAAUGUAACAAAUAGUUUCUUUUAGUAAUAAGGAGAUAUGAUUAACUCUUCUUGUACUAGCUGUUAGAUCUAACACAGCUUGAUUUUUAACACUACAAGAAUCAAUGCAAACUUCCUGUCCAAUGUGGGAUUUGAUGUACAUGGUUAUCAGCUUUCCUGUUACUCAUUGUGUUGUUAGGAUUUUGCGGAACCCAAAACUUGUAAAACUCUAGAAGUACGUUAUCUAUAGAGAUACUUUGUAGAUUCAAAUUCCUAUUGAUAUCACUGACUAGAAAAGUAAGUGAUUUACAUCAGCUUAGCAAACUUCACAGCUAACAUUCAUGUUUCACACAUGGUCUUGCUGUGAUUAUGAAAACAGUCCCAUUUUGUUCACUUACACGUUUUCAUACAGUAUGGCAAGCCACACAUUUACCCAAGUGGAGGAUCUACCUUACACAACCAAAGGAAAAUUGGCAGCUGACAUAUCUGGUGUGCAGGUGGGGAAGAAUAAUGUGAGAGUUACCAAAGUAGGCUUUUAAAAAAACUACCCCCAAAACAUCUAUUUAGCAUAACAAAAUAAAUACAUUGGGGAACAAGUCUUGAAGAUCAUGGUGUGUAGGAGGCCUAAAUAAGGAUUUACCAAAAAAGGAAAUAAUCAUUUUUCCUAUCAUAUGUAUGUUUUGAGUACAGUGAAUGAGGAAUGAAAGUGUGGGUGAUUUGAACAACCAGGAAAAUUCAUAACCUAUUUGCAUUCAAGGUCCUAUUUGCAUUCAAGGAUAUUCUGAAAAGGUCUUGUCCUCCCCACACUGCCUGUGUACAAACAAUGUAAAUUAUUUAAGUCCCUUUUUUGUUUUAACUUAUUUACAACAAUAUUGAUCAUCAUGAACUUUGAAUUCCUUUUACAUUAAAUGAAAAGAAAUGAAACAGAGUUUUGAUAGCAAGCAUACUGUCUCCAGCCUUAUGCAAGUAGGCAAUGAUCAGUAUAGUUUCUGGAUCCAAAACAAUCUUACAUUUCUUCUUGUCCUGUGACAGUGAUAUUUUGAUAGCUACCAUCCUAUAUGUUUGGUUGAGUAGAGACCAAUAUGUUGCUUAAAAUAUUUAAAUAAUGAGUGGGAAAAAGGGGGGAAAGGACAAUUACCUAGCUAGCCCAUAACAACAGUAGCCAGAAAAUGGGGAUGUCAUAUUCAUCUGAGACAUAGAUGAUCAAUGUUUAAGGCUUUAAUUCUUUGUCUUUAAGAAUAACAGAAUAAUUUCACAUGUUCCCAUAAAAUAAUCCUCGUACAAUGGGUAAUGCCAAGAAUCAAAUUUUAUGGUUCUCGGAUAAACAAAAGACACUAGAUACUGUUAGUCUUGGACACUGAACCCUCUUGAAAGCUAUUUAAAAUCUCUGAGGAAAGAGAUUUCCUAUUUAUGAUUUAAUGUGUAUUUAUUAAUCAUGUAAACGAAAACAAAAAAAACUUAAGCUGUCUUGUAAUUAUUACUGAGCUUCUAAUGUAAAGGAACUCACAAACUUGUUAAGUAUGUUAUUACUAUAGACUUGAUUCAAGACUCACUGUCACACCAAUUUGGCUUAAAAGUUUUAGAUGCUUACACUUUUGUAAAAAUGUUCUGGUAACAAAAAGAAAUGUUCUCUUGAAUUUAAAAGGGCGUUUGGGGUAAUGAGUCAGAUUACCUUAAACAGUGGCACUACCAGGGCAUCUCUCACCUUUAGUGAACACCUGUGCCAUUUUGUAUCCCUGCUUAUUUUAAUGGAUCUUGUGCAGAAGAAGGUCCUAUUGAAUUUUAUAAGGGUAGCAUCAGAAGCUAAAUUAUUAUAAGCUGACAUGUGGAGAUCAUUUCAUGCAUGCAGACAUGUCCAUGCAUUCCUUAAAAUGUAAUCGUUUUUUCAAUUCUUCUUGUAAAUAAUACCUACGUAAUGUUGUGUGUAAUGCUACCUUGCCUCAGAUUUGAAUUAUUGCUUCUUUCCUUUACAACCAAGCUAACACAUAUUAAGGAUGAUGUGGCCUUCCCCUCAAUACUUUUUUUUUUAGAUCCUGGUUCUUCCUUGAUGAAUUGUUAGGAUUUUGUAAAAUACAUUGGAGAAGAUCACAAUUAUAAAAGGGGUGCUAGUCUGGAGCCCUGAUGAAUUGAAAAUGCUGGCCAGAUGCUGUUGAAAGGUCAUUAUUCAGCUAGGCACAAAGCAAGAUUAAUUUGCUGCAGCAGUAAGGAUUUGAAAAUUAGUGAGCAAAAGUCUUGUUUACGCGUUUUCAAAUCAUCAUUCCUAAAGUAAGGCAUUUUUGCUCUUCAUGCAGUUAACUGUUAAAAGAUAUUUCAGAAACAACCACAAUAGCAGACAUGUAAUAUGUAAAAGAAAAGACAGAUUUUUAAUUUAGGUAAACAUUUAUCAGAAUUAUGCUGUUUGUUCUGCUGGAAUUAAUCUCUGAGACAGGGAUGGGCAAAGUAUAGGCCUCUAAAUAUUGAAUGACAUCUCCCAGCAUUCUGCAUCAUUGGUUAUGUUGACUAAAGCAGCAGUCAACAAUAGAUGGAAGUUGCAGCCAAAUAACAGCUGGAGAGCCAUACUUUGCUCAACCUGACCUAAAGAUGCAUGCAAGUCAGACCCAAACUUGCUAUUGUGCUAAGCUUAACAGGUACAACCUGGGACAUAUCUUCAUUGCAAACGUAAACUGGACUAACUGUCCCCCAGCUUGUUGCAAGGUCUCUAGGUAAUUCUGGCUUAGGUAUGUGGUAUAGAUAUCUUUCUAUGUCAAGUGGUGCUUAAACAAACAGUAAUGAGUAGUAACAUGUUAUGAGCAGUGCAAGUACACAUGUGUUUAUUUGAAGCAAAGUAAAAAUACUGUCAAUUCAUUUUUGGAUAAACUCAAACUGUAUAUUGAAGGGGUUUUUUAACUGUAAAAAAAGAAAAAAUGUUAAAUACUAAUGGAAUUUUUACACUAAAGUUUCAGCAAUGUAAUGAUAAAAUAUUGUCUAUUGUUGUUGACCUUUGUAAACAUUACAGGGCUUUCAACUUUACAGCUAGUUUUUCUUUGAUAACUAAGGAUCUAGUGUUGCCAUAAUGAAAACAAGUGCCCAUUAAGUUAUGCUUGUUGUGUGAGGAAAUAAAUCUUUUUCU